CCUCUCAUUUCAUACGCAGAAGCACAGACUGCAGCAGAGCGCAGGACCAGCAGGGUUUUCCUCCUCCUCGUUCUGGAACAGCAGAGAAACCAGAGGGACGCCGACCUGCUGCGGAGGUCAUUUAUGGAGGAUCCCCAGUGGAGGGUUAGGCCUGCCAGCUGCUGACACUGUAGGUGCACAUCAGGCUCUCAGGAUUUGCGAGGACUCCCAAGAAGCGCUCGUCUCUCCUUCGGGACUGCCCCACUCCCCUGCUCGCCUCCCAUCCUCACCUCAGAUUAGGAUGCUCGGCUGCGUGCCCCUGUGCUGAGGAGGCGUCGGCGAGCAGCAGCAUGGGCGCUGUGCUGGCCGGCAUCCCCACCACCCCCUCCACCACCAAUCUGCCACCACCACGCUGCCCACCGGAGACGGGCGCUCCCCCCAGCCCUGCUGAUGGGCGAAGACACUGACGCCACCCCGACGCUCAACCACCACGGCUUCCUCCCUGACCACAACUAUGUGACUGAAGCCGAUAUAAUAUCCACUGUCGAGUUCAACCACACCGGAGAGCUCCUGGCCACAGGGGACAAAGGCGGCCGCGUGGUCAUUUUUCAGAGGGAACCCGAGAGCAAGAAUGAGCCAUUUUCCCAGGGAGAGUACAACGUGUACAGCACCUUUCAGAGCCAUGAGCCUGAAUUUGACUACCUUAAGAGUUUGGAGAUUGAGGAGAAGAUCAAUAAGAUUCGAUGGCUGUCUCAGCAGAACGCUGCACACUUUCUCCUCUCCACCAAUGAUAAGACCAUUAAAUUGUGGAAGGUAAGCGAAAGAGACAAACGGCCGGAAGGAUACAACCUGAAAGAUGAGGAAGGUCGCAUCAAGGACAUGUCCACAGUCACCUCCCUGCAGGUCCCUGUCUUGAAGCCCAUGGACCUGAUGGUGGAGGUUAGUCCUCGGCGAGUGUUCGCCAACGCCCACACCUAUCACAUAAACUCCAUCUCAGUCAACUCCGACUUUGAGACCUACAUGUCAGCUGACGACCUGAGGAUCAACCUCUGGCAUCUGGACAUCACCGACCGCAGCUUCAACAUUGUUGACAUCAAACCAGCCAACAUGGAGGAUCUGACAGAAGUGAUCACAGCGGCCGAGUUUCACCCCCACCACUGUAACCUGUUCGUCUACAGCAGCAGCAAAGGCACCCUGCGUCUCUGUGACAUGAGAGAAGCAGCGCUGUGCGACAAGCACUCCAAAUUGUUUGAGGAGCCGGAGGACCCCAGUGCACGCUCCUUUUUCUCAGAAAUUAUCUCCUCUGUGUCCGACGUGAAGUUCAGCCACAGCGGCCGCUACCUGCUCACCAGAGACUACCUGACGGCCAAAGUCUGGGACCUCAACAUGGAGAGCAAGCCCCUGGAGACAUACCAGGUACAUGAUUACCUCCGCAGCAAGUUGUGUUCCCUGUACGAGAACGACUGCAUCUUUGACAAGUUUGAGUGUGCCUGGAACGGCUCAGACAGUGUGAUCAUGACCGGAGCCUACAACAACUUUUUCCGAAUGUUCGACCGCAACACCAAACGCGACGUGACCCUGGAGGCCUCGAGGGAAAGCAGCAAACCCAGAGCUGUGCUGAAGCCGCGGAGGGUCUGCGCCGCCGGAGGGAAGCGGCGGAAGGACGACAUCAGCGUGGACAGCCUGGACUUCACCAAGAAGAUCCUGCACACGGCCUGGCACCCCACCGAGAACAUCAUCGCCAUCGCCGCCACCAACAACCUGUACAUCUUCCAGGACAAACUCAACUCCGAGAUGCAUCAAUGAAUCGGAGUCAGAGCUGGAUUCAAAUGAGUUUACAAGCAAAACACACACAACUAUGCUAGAAUGUACAAUAUGAGACUCACACACUCGCCUACACACACACACACCUACUCCUUCACCUCCUCCUCAAACUCCCACAACUGAAAGGAGCCCAGCUAGGGAUAAAAAUAGGAAUCUGGCUGGAUCACACAAUGGAUUAUGGAUUGGGAAAUUGCCCGCACUGUGGAUUUUUGAAUUGUUAGCCUGUGGAUUGUGCUUGACGGUGUUUUCAUUACUUCAGCUCAACGUCUGAGCGCGAUCGGAUCGCAAAGUUUACACGUUUUGUCUUCUUUGAUUUCUAACUCUUCAGGCGUAUUUGCUUUCUCCUCCUCCGUACUUAUGUGCACAAGCGAAACCUAUUCCUAUCCCUUUGCCCACUGUUUUAUGUAAAAAAAAAAAAAAAAAAAAGCAACAAGUCUCUGUGGUUGUCUACCAGCAGCACUGACGAGAAACGGGGCAUUUAUAUAACUGUGCUUUCCACUUUCGAUAAGCUAUUUUGUUUUUUUAUAUAGCUUCUUUUUAAAGGAUGUCGAUGAUGGUGAUAAUGACGACGUGAAACGAUUUGUGUAGUGAAGGAAGAACUUACGACCCUCCUCCCAACCCACCAGAUGCCUCCCUGAUUCAGGG